AUCAUCAUAAUAAAAAUGAUGAUAAUCAUCAUCACCACCAUCAACAUCAUCAUCAUCAUCAUCAUCAUGAAUCAUCAGCUGAAACUGAUUUAUCCAUUACUUCUACUACUACUACUACUACUGCUACCACCAACAAUAAUAUAAUGAUGAACAAAUCAAAAUCAAAUGAUUUAAUUGUUGUUGAUGAUGAUGAAAAUGUUAUCAAUAAAAAUAAUUUUAACCAUAAUAGUCAUCCAAUUCCUAGUAGUAUUAAUUCACAUGAGGAAACUUCCUUAACAUCAUCAUCAUCAUCAUCAUCAUCAUUAUCGUGUAAUAAAUCUCCAUCAUCUCCGCUAUUAUCUUCGACCUUUUCAUCAUCUACAUCAUCAUCAUGGAACAUAUCUAAACAAAUUUCAUUGAUAUUUUUAUCAAGUACAACAAUCUUAACACGUGCCAAACAAUAUCUAUCAUCAUUGAGACCCGGUACUUUUUUUACAUCUCUGAUACCUGUAUUAAUGGGCACGGUAUUGGCAUCGAAAACAAGUGGUGGACAAUUUUCAUGGAUCAUUCUAUUGGCCACAUUAUUAACCGUUCUAUCUGUACAUGCUGCUGGUAAUCUUGUUAAUACUUAUUGCGAUUUUGUUCGUGGUAUCGAUUCAAAACGUCAAUCCGAUGAUCGUACACUUGUUGAUUCAAUAUUAACACCAGAAGAGGUUGUUAAUCUUGGUGUACUUUUCUAUUUCAUUGGAUGUAUCGGUUUUUUGGUGGUUGCCAUUCAAUCGCCAGCGCGAAUGGAAUUACUUGCAUUCAUUUAUUUUGGUGGAUUGUCCAGUUCAUUUCUUUAUACCGGAGGAAUUGGUCUUAAAUAUAUUGCAUUAGGUGAUAUUAUCAUUAUGAUUACAUUUGGUCCAGUUUCUGUUUUAUAUUCAUUUAUUGCACAAACAGGAACGAUUCGUCUUGUAACAUUAUUAUAUGCAAUACCAUUAGCAUUGAAUACGGAAGCAAUAUUACAUUCAAACAAUACCAGAGAUAUAAAUGUUGAUCGUCGUGCUGGUUGUGUAACAAUAGCCAUAUUGAUUGGUUAUCGUUUAUCACAUGUAUUGUUUGCUUUACUUUUAUUCAUACCAUACAUUCUAUUCGUGGUUGGUUCAUUAAAUUAUUCAUUAUGGCUACUAUUACCAUUAAUAACAUUGCCUAAAGCAUUCAAAUUGGAAAGACAAUUUCGUUACCGACAAUUGGAAUCAAUACCCAGACAAAUGGCACGUUUAAAUUUCUAUUUUGGAAUGUUUUAUCUAUUCGCUUGUUUUAUGUCACCAGCACAUAAAUUACCUGGAUUGUUACCUCGAUAAAUUAUUUUAUAUU